ACUUCCACAAUGAAUAUUGUCAGAAUAUUGUAGUUUAGCGCCAUCUUUUGGCAAUUUUCUUUUCAACUCGAUUUCGUACGCGUGUUUACAUUUUUAUAUAUGAGAAAAUUGUAAUAGCGUCGUUGUGUACAAAGUGAGCGUUUGGUGAAACGACUAAACGCUAAUUUUUGCUCAAUGUAAACGCGCAGGGUUCCUGUCAGAUAUUCAUUCGCGUAGUCCCACAUAUGCAAUCGUACGAAAAUGGAAGCUGACUAGGAACAGUUAUUUUUAAGAAGUUUUUACGCUUUUGUGAUGGCAUCGACAAGUCAACAGAAUGAAGAAGAACCAGGGAGUUCGUCUGUCCUUAAUCCAAUCGAAGAAGUUAGGAAUAUGACUUGGGGAAGUGAAUUGAAAGAAGAUGUUUUCUCGCGAUGGUCGCAAGGUUUUGUAUUCAGUGAUGAUGAGCCUAUGGCACUGCUGCAGUAUGAAGGAGGUCCUUGUGCAAUCAUUGCACCUGUUCAAGCAUUCAUCAUUAAGAACUUGCUUUUCAGCCAAGAGAGCCAGUGUGAAGAUGGCUCAGAAAGCUGGAGACAAACAAAUGGGGACCAACGUAAGCACCUGCUACUCUGUGCAAUGCAAGACAUCAUCUGUUCAGUGUCAAAUGGAAAUUAUAUACUGGUCUUACAAGAAGAUAAACAAGAAUUGACCAUAGAGAAUGUAGCUGGGUCAUCAGAUGGAGAACCAACUCAUGUCACCUUCCAUAGAAAUCUCAGAAUACAAACCUAUAAAUCUGAAGAUGAGCUCCGGGGUGCUCUGAUGACAACAUACCAUAUGUUUGUUGGGGAUGGAGGUGUUCUUCUCUUUCUUUACUCAGUGUUACUAACAAAGGGUCUUGCUGUAAUACAGGAUGAAGUAGAAGAUGCAAAUGAACCCCUCAUUGAUGGCAUUUAUGGGCAUGGAAACCAGUGUUUGAUAAACCUGAUGGUGACUGGUCGAGCUGUUUCAAACGUCUUUGAUCAUGAGAAAGAUGUAGCUGGUCUACAAAUGAAAGGUAUCUCAAAGCAGUCGUUGGUUGGGUUUAUGACGAUUCUAGAGAAUCUUAAAUAUUGUGAAGUUGGAACACUUUUAAAGAGUCCAGUUUACCCUAUUUGGUUGCUUGCCAGUGAGACCCAUUUAACAGUUUUCUUCUCUCGGGAGUUAGCGCUGGUCGCUACUGAAACCAAAUGGGAGAAAGCAAGAAGAGUCUUCAGCGAGUACGAUACUGAAGGUAGUGGUUUUAUCCAAUGUGCCAUGCUUCAGAGUGUCCUUGAGGCCCUAGAACUUGUAGCCGUGCCUGAAUAUGUUGAGUUCAUGACCCAGCGUCUAGACCCUGAGAAAUGUGGUAUUGUCCUUCAGAAUACGUUCAUGGCUGAGUUCUUUCCUGAUGAGCCUGACAGGUUAUUACCAGAGUACUUUACAGUGUAUCAUUACAAUGGUAUAAGGAGAUCAAAUCCACAUUCUAAAGUGAUGUUUCUAAAGGGUAGAGGCUCCGCCCCCAACCCUGGUGAGCUGGAGGUCCUCACGGAAGCUACACCCCUUAAAUCUUGCCUGCGGACAAAAUGGCCGACAUUCGAGGCCAAUUGGGAAAACAAUGUGAACCCGUCUAUCAAUUGAUGCUACGCAUAGAAGUGAUAGAACUGUAGACCAUAGAUUAUGUAAAUAUAGACAUUUUUAUGAUACGUGUACAGUCUUUUUUCAAGACGUGUAUAUACUACAACCACCGAAUGCGGAGUCUUUUAAGUUAUAUAUCCAGUUGGUUCUGUGCUCAGAUUAUCAAACAUUGCUUCGAUCUGAGUCUUUUGAGCUGUUAUCAGUGUGGUCUAACUGAGUAAGAUUAACUCAACAGCUUUUGGUCCAGUAAACCGCUUGGAAUAAUUGUUCAUAUCUGAAAUCAGCUUGGAGGGGUGUGGCAUUGCAUUAAUUGCCCUUCCAAACCUUUGUCAGGUUAGUGUACCCUGUGACACAGAGCCUAGCAAUUGAUCAUAGAACAGGUUUAAUGCUUGAUUGCAUUGACUAGAGUGAUCAAUCAUAAGAUCAGUCACUAAGUUUUGUAUUUAUAGACCCAGAAUGUUACAGUGCGACUAGGACUACAUCUCUAUGAAUCAUCAUGGAAAUGGUAUUAGGAAUCAGAAGGCUUGUUAACUUCAUCCGUUACUGGUAGUUUUCCCACUAGUAAGGAGAUUUCCCAAUUAAAUCAAAUUCAGAUCAUCUUCAGUUAUUUUGAGGAAAAAUUGAUUUUUGUUAUUGUUGAAAUGUUGGGAAAGCAGGAAAUAAUGAUAUUGAAAUGCUUUGAUUUUUCAUUGAUUUAUUUGCCAUGAAUGAAGGGAUGAAACUGAAAUCAUUUUAGUUUACAAUGUAUCAUUUCUUUGUUGUUUGUUUGUUGGUUUUUGCUCUGUGCAAAUUGAAAAGGCCAAGUCUACCCCAACCCAAACUUGAUCUGAAUAGAAAGAGAAAAAUCACACAAGAAUUAUGGCACUUAUAGAGAAGCUUCAUUUCACAAAAUAGUAAUAUGCACAUCAUAGUGUUACGCAAAUUAGGAAGCUGAUGAUAUCACAUGUUCAUUGUUUCUUUAGUAUUUUGUCAUAUAUCAUAUAUGUAUCUUACUUUAGCCUCUGAUAAUGUAAAAUAAAUUUUUCUCAACAUGAACAUUUGUGAUCACCAUAGGUGUAACUUAUUUGAGGAGUCAGUCAAAAGCUUAUAAAAUAAAAUGGAAAUGGAAAUAUUUGAUGUUUCAUUUAAAAUGAAAACAGGUGGAUGUCACUUUUGUUGCAGCGAUCUUAACAUAUUCAUUAAAUGCAACUCAAUUUUUGAAAAAGAGAACAGGGAUGUGUAGAAAAUGUAGUCAUACUUUGUAAAAAUAAAAUACCUAGAAAACUCCAGGCAUACCAUUUGGCACUUCAUAAACACCUCACCUGUAAGCCAUGUAUAACUUCAUGAGAAAUUUAUGAAACACCACCCUGGGGACUGUUUUAGAGAGGAUUAUUAGAUAUACCCCCACAAAAGCUAUACAUGACACGGUGCUUCUAUUUGUAUGAUACAUGUAUGUGUGUGCUGUUAUUGUACAAAAUAUCUAAUAAUAGAGUUCUUUUGUAUUCAAGAAUCCAUGUUAAAUGAUCAUUGUCGAGGCAAAAUAAUUUGGUGUUAAUUUGAUUUUUCAUACGGCAAACUCUACAUUUUUUAUUUAUUAACUGUUGUACAUAUAAUAUGAUUUUAUUGUUUCUGCAAGCUUGUAGAUACAAAUUUUCACAGCUAUAUUUAUUGCGUUAUGAAUGAUGGUUAUGUACAGUCGAACCUGUUUCUAAGGAUCACCCAAGGGAGACAAGAAAAACAGUCUUCAUUAACAGGUUCUUGUAAUAGAGUGAAGCCUUAUAUAAAGACCACCAAAGGGAGACAAGAAAAGUAGGUGGACUUUGUAGAGGACGUUGUGGCUCAGUGGAUAAGUCUCCGGACUUUGAACCACAAGGUCCAGUGUGGGUCCAUUGGCAAGUUGUUUAUCUACAUUUGCCACUCUCACGGUUUUGGAAAAAAGUGGGGGGGGGGCUGAAGCCCCCCAGUUCCUUGACCCCUGCUCCACCCAGGUGUAGUAAAUGGGUACCCUGCAAGAAGACAUUCCUUGAAUGCUUGAGUGCAUUCAUUUACUUUAAGUCAGUUCUAAUUAAAGGGGAAUAAUAAUAAUAAGUUAGUUGUAAUAAAAUCAGAAAGAAAAGAGAAAAAUAUUAGGGAAGGUUUGAUGAAAAUUUGUCAGAGAAUAUUCAAGAUCUGAAUUUUCAACAUUUUGAUUUUGUGUCACAGGCAAGCUGCUCCAUACGUCAUCUGCUAUAAAUUACCCAUAAUGCCAUUUUCUCGUAACAUUGAAGGAUAUUUUAUUGUGCGGUAGAUAUAUCAUCAGGCAUGUCAUUCCGUAGCCCCUUCUAUAAGAGCAACAUUUGAUAUAGUCAUCAUAUUCCAUAAAAAGAAAUGAAUUUAUUUAUAUAUAUUUCAUGAUAUUUGGGGUAGCUAGCUGGUCACAUAUGGUGUCACAAUUUAAAGACUUUUUCAUAACUCUCUUAUUCUUUGAUUUAUUUCUUUUGUUUGUUGCUUCUUAGAUACUGGAAAUAGUUUUUAGAACUUUCAGACUAUUUUGAUAAUGAACUGUUGAUAAUGGUCUUGCGACUUUGUAUUACUGUGUCUAACGAUUGCUGCAUUUUUAUGUAAACUCAGUCAGAAGAGCUACAUGUCAUUCAAAUGAACUGUGACAGGAGAAUGAAACCCUUGGAACAAGUUUGCUUGUUUGAAAAACAGAAAAAUCAAUUGAUAACAGGUUGAGAACAGUUGGAAAAACAAUUAGAAAAUUAUGAGUAUUUAAAUAAUAAGAUCACUAAAUGUCAUUUGGAUGUUGUGAAGAUCUAUUAAAAAAAAACUUUACAGUGGGUACUGGUAUAUAUUGUAAGACUACUGAUUAAAAUGUUGCAUCUUGGGAAAGGAUUUGUGUAGUUUAAGGCUUUGAGCUGACUCUCUUCAAAGUGGCCGUUAUAUUGGCUUUAACAAUGCUCCUUGAGUUUAUAGUGUCUGCAACCCGUUUCCUAAAGGACAUGCAACUGUUGUAAAUUUGCCAUAAUGGCAACUACCACGGUAACAGAGCUCGAUUGGCCAAUCAUAAUCAAGGUUGCCAUAGUGGUUGCCAUAAUGGCAAAGUUACAAAGUUUAUGAAACGGGCUGCUGAUUUGUGUCUCUUCAUGUACAUUCAUAUUCUUAACAACAGCCUAUACAAUCAUUGAAGGAUGUUCUGAUGCCCAUAACACAAUGCAUAGCAAUAGUUGGUUGGAUUUUCAAUUGACCAUGCACAAGACAAUAUAAUCAAUGAUAGGAACCAGUCCCAUGAUCAAUCACUAUUAAAGCUUUAUGUAACAGGGCCCUGAUGUAAGUUUCUCCAUUAAGACAGGGUCACUUAUCUUCAAGCCUGGGCCCUGUAACAUUAUGCUUUGUAAUUGAUCAUUGGGCUACUUUUAUGAUUGAUCAUAAUCAAUAUCAAGUCAAUCAAUCGUAGGAAUCAGUCCUGUGAUCAAUCGCUAAGCUUUAUGUAACAGGGCCCUGAUGUAAGUUUCUCCAUUAAGACAGGGUCACUUAUCUUCAAGCCUGGGCCCUGUAACAUUAUGCUUUGUAAUUGAUCAUUGGGCUACUUUUAUGAUUGAUCAUAAUCAAUAUAAUCAAUCAUAGGAGUCAUCCUUGUGAUCAAUCACUACGCUUUAUGUAACAGGGCCCAGGGGGCCGUAUCAUAAAGCUAUUCAUAAGUUAGAGCAACUGGUGAACCUUUCUUACGCUUAAUAGUCACCAUUGAACAUUUAAUGGUGUAAAUCAUUUACAAUAGAAAGGAUCACCAGUCGUUCUUAAAGUCACUCUUAUGAACAGCUUUCUGAAACACCCACCAGGUUUAUUCUUUCAGAUUUCCUCAUCUUGGAUUAUUUUUAUUAUCCAAAUGUUUAGCAUGUAUUAUGAUCUUCACUCCCCAUUUAGAGUGCACAAGUCUUCUAUCCAAGAAAUGUAAAACUUUUGCAGCCACUUUAGAGAUGUGUCGUUAUUGUGAUUCACUUGAAGUGACCAAAAUAUUUAAGAAAAAAUCAUAACUACAAUUUGUUUUUCUCUCACCUCAUCUUACGGCACCAAUGUCAUAUUUGUAUUCAUGUAAUCAGUGUACAUGUUGCUCCUGUUGGGAGUUGUAUAUUUUUCUGUCAUUAAAACAUCUGUAUAGUUGUAAAAUAAUAAUGUUAAAUUUAA